AAAUUUUUGCAACAAGCUAAAAGAAAAUAAUAAGGAAAGGGAGAGAGAAAAAAAGGUAAUAAUACACAAAUUGAAAUAUUUAAAUAUUCUCUCUAUAUAAACAAAGUUCACAAAACUUAAAUUCGCAUUCACCAUUUAAAUAAACCAUUUGGAAUAAUAAUUCCUAUAAUCAGAAUUGAUUUCCAAUGAAAUAUAUAAGUGAUGUUUUUUUAAAAAUGAAUGAAGAGAACGUACCGUUGCUAAUUUAUUUAUGGCAACAAAAAUAUUGCUGAAGUAACUGAAUGGGAUUGAUGUUGGCAGGCCAAAGAUGUACAAAUUCCAAUGCUCAGUAUAGUUAUAAUUCAAAUUUGUUUCUCCGGAAUAAAAUAAGAUUUUAGCCAAUAUUAAUAUAAAAGAAAAAGGGAAACGGGCAGAAAAAUGAAUCAAUUUAAUCAAACAAUUUGCAACUGCAGCAAUGAACGGAUUACAGAAAUUGUAGCAGACGCUCUUAAUAGUAGCGAAGCUGGGGACGCUACAUGGAUUCUAACAAGUGCCUUCAUUAUAUUCACCAUGCAAAGUGGCUUUGGAUUGCUUGAAGCUGGUUCUUGUUCUGCUAAAAACGAAACCAAUAUUAUGAUGAAAAACGCCAUUGAUGUUGUUUUUGGUGCAUUGGGAUACUGGAUUUGUGGAUUUGGCUUAAGCUUUGGACAUGGUGAUAACAAUAAUGGAUUUGCUGGAGCAGGUGCGUUCUUGACAGACUCUACUGAUGAAAACAUGGGACAUUUAUUUGCAAAGUACUUCUUUCAACUUUCGUUUGCGACAACAGCAACUACUAUAGUGUCCGGUGCAAUGGCUGAAAGAACGAACUUCAAAGCAUAUAUGCUGUUUUCAUUUCUCAAUAUGUUUUCGUAUGUCUUUCCUGCACAUUGGAUUUGGGAUGACCAUGGAUUUUUGUAUAAGCUUGGAGCUGUUGAUGUUGCAGGUUGUGGACCUGUUCAUUUGAUAGGUGGAACAGCCGCUCUGGUUGCAACAAUCAUGUUAAAACCGAGACACAAACGAUUUGAUAAGGAUAUGAAGAAUAAUUACCAAUGCUCCUCACCAGUUAACAUAAUUCUUGGCUUAUUUAUGUUGUGGUGGGGUUGGCUUGGAUUUAACUGUGGUUCCACCUUUGGUGUGAGUGGAGGAAAAUGGAAAUUAGCGACCAGAGCUGCUGUGGUGACGGUAAAUGGUUCUGUAGGAGGUGGCUUGUUCUCAGUCUUGUACUGUUACGUUCUUACUAAUAAGUUUGAUCGAAAACUUGAUGUUGGAUCAUUCUGUAAUGGAGUUCUGGGUGGAUUAGUUUCUAUCACUGCCAUAUGUGCUAUCUGCAGACCUUGGGAGGCGCUAGUUAUAGGUUUUAUUGGCGGCAUAAUUACGUGUUAUGGGUGUGUUUUUCUGGAGUGGUGUCACGUCGACGAUCCUGCUUCUUGCAUACCUGUGCACGGUUUUGCAUCUAUUUGGGGAAUGUUAUGUGUGGGACUUUUCGCCGAGAAGGAUGAAUUGGAAAAUUUAAAUAGCCGACCCGGAUUAUUUAAAGGUGGAGGAACAAGUUUACUGGGUUAUCAAGUUUUAGCAGCUGUGUGUUUCUGCUUAUGGGCUGCUGUAACAACAGCUUUAGAGUUAUUUCUUGCUGACAAGAUAUUUGUGUUGAGAAUGUCGUUGGAGGAGGAACUCGUCGGAGCAGAUUAUGCUGAGCAUGGAAUAGAAUUGCCUAGUAACCAAAAGGAAGAAAACCCGUCUUUAAAUACAGAAAGUGAUAAUGUCAAUCGAAGUUCAACUUUGUAUUCCAGAAAAACAAGUACAGUAGGCAGAAGUAAGCUUCCUGCUUUAAAAAAAAGUAAUGAAGACGACUCAAUUAACUAUACGAAAUAUGAGGAACACACUGGAGCAUAUUGGAAUGCAGGUCUUGUAAAUUUCGGUUACGUCUCAAUAUCUGGUAGAAAACAAGUGGAUGUUACAACAGAACCUAAACGACACACGGUAAAUGUGAGAGUGGAUGAUAUGGUUGAAAGUAAAUUAAGAGAUGGUGCCGAUAUCUGGUAGCUGAAAAUGAUAGAUAAUGUUCCCGGAAAAUGCAACUAAGAAGGUUUUAAAAAUUUAACGAAAAAUUUCAAUAAAGUCUCGUGAGUUCUUACAUUAUUAGUAAACACGGGUGUUUAGAAGACAAAUUUUUAUAUUUGGCAAAACAUGUUUCGUUCCGCAUGCAUACAAGGGGCUAUUUAAUGUAGCUUAUAAACUACACAUCAAAAUAGAGAAUCAAGGACUUAGAACAGGGUAGGUUAAAAAAAAGUUAAUAAAGUGAGAACUAUUUGGCAACUAUUGCCGUAAAUAAGUAAGCUGGCGAGGAGAAGGGUUCUCUCAAACCCUAGUCAAUUAUAUUUAUUGUCGUAUUUAAUAUUUCUUUGUUUAGAAAGAUUUUUAAUAUUAAUUAUUUAAUCUUUAUCUUCUAAACUUUUUUCAUAUUGUACACAUUUUGGCUAACAUAUUAUAGUAAUAUAUAU